AUGACGUCUCCGUUUGAUGCGGAUGACUUCAUGAAACGUGGGUUUCUAUCUACAAUUAUGGGAUUCAAGAAAAAGAACAAGUCUAUGGAAACCCAUACUAACCCUUCUGCACCUCGCUUGAAUGGUCAGCCAUGUCACAACCAAACAGAAGUCCGAACUCCUAACGACAUAUUCCGUGAAAUUGUUUGCGAGUGUGAGCAUAUCGAAAGAAGUAACACUGCUUCUCCAUAUACAGAGAGAGAUACUUGUAACUCUCCUGUUGGAGUUCAAACAAGAAACCACACUCCAUCAACGUUGGUUAAUUUGAAUCCACCAACUUAUCCAACGUAUGGAAGUCAAUCACCCCUCAGAUUGGAUCAAACAACGCAAUCUAUGGCAACUUCAGCUAUUUCUUCUCAUGGUCAAGCAUUAAUGACUAACACCUCAUCUACAGCUGCCCAUUUCGAUAUGUAUGGGAUGCCUUUUUCACCUCCACCAUAUUCUCCACAUGAUAUGACUUAUGCAGCUUUGUCUCCAGAGCCUGUUGGUAAUUAUACAAAUGUACAAGCUGUGUCUAUUGCUCAACCAAACCUGACUCAUUCAAUUGUUUCGUCAACUGUUGCUCAACCCGUAUUAUUUUCGGGUGCUCAAUUGCCAAUCAAUCCAGCAGACUUACAGAAUACUCAACUUAUUGAGGGAUUAGUGAAGAUUGUUAUGAAUGCCCUUAUGCAAUCCUCCAUUGGUGAUGGUCAGUCUGUCAAAGAAAGCCCAGAAGACAUAUUGCGAAGAAAGCGCCAAAAGAAUAAUGAGGCAGCCGCACGAUAUCGUAAAAGACAGCGUGAUGCUCGCGGAAAAUCAGACGAGGAACUCGAAGGACUGUCCAAAAGAAAUGACGAGCUUAGAAGUGUCAUCAACAAUAUGGAGAGAGAAAUUCAUGAACUUAAAGAAGCAGUGUUAAGUUCAAAAUAA